GCGCUGAGAGUCACGCAGUGAGCUCGCGCACAUCCUCUCCAUCCGCGUCAUUAAUAUUGUCAGUCUUAAUGACGGGAAUAGAUGCGUUUCGACAAAAUUAGACUGUGAUUUAUAACUCCAAGUUUAACUUGAUGAUAUUCUGCGCGACUGGAGGGAACUUCAGAGGAGAUUGACGGAGAAUAACCCGAAUCAUUCACGUAGUUAUGUCGUGAUGGCUCCGCCCCAAAGGAGGCGUUCCCUCGGCCCUGUCUCACCCAAGCGCAUCUAUAGGAGCCUGUCACUCAAACUGAAGGGCGGGGCUUCCCCCAGUGAGGCGGAGCCGUCUGAUUGGAGGAGGCGGCUGAGCAGAGGACCAGCGGAGUACUCGUGUCUGUGGGAUGCGCUGGAGAAUGAAGACACCCUCGCAGUCCAGCAUCUGUUAUCCAGAGAGCGAGUUACAGAAGCACAGGUGAACGGCGUCAGUGAACUCGGCCUGGUGCCGCUGGACGUGGCCGCUCUUACCCAUAAUGCACCACUGCUGCAGGUGCUGGUGAAGGCCGGAGGCAAACACAACCCCACCUUGAGCUCGACCUCUGAUUGGUCGCUGAAGCUGGACGAGCUGGUGUCAUUAGCCGAGCAGAAGCAGGAGGAGUGGAGGGCGGAGCUUCUGCUGAGAGUGAAGGCGGAGCUUCAGUCACAGACAGACGUGCAGAAGAACGUAGAUUUGUGGACGCGGCGGUGGGAACUUUACCGUCGCAUGAGGGACAGAUUCCACACAACCGCUCCGCCCAGGCCGCCCGCUGGAGCCGUCCUGCUGGUGAUGAGUAACAGCUGUCUGUGUGUGCGAGUCUCUGAACCCACCGGUCAGACGCACGGACUCAUCACCCGAUACAGAGUUGAGUGGAGCUCUUCGUCCUGUUUUCAUCCUCUGAGUGGCACUGGAUUCAUCACAGACACCAGAAGCCCAGAGUUUAGCAUCACGGGACUCCAGACUGGUGUGCAGUAUUACGUGCGGGUCAGUGCGUAUAACGUCAGAGGUUGGGGUCCGUUUGUGAGCAGCAGCCCCCCGUGUGUCGCCCCGUCCAGCUGGAGCUCAUGCUGCGGUGUGACGGUGAGACGCAGGAAUCCAGCCGCAGCUGUCAGGAGAAUCUCACUGCAGAUCAGAGAGCCCACACUCAGCGAAAGCAGGAGCUCAGUGAAGAGAGUGUCUGUGUCUCGUGGUCUGAAGCAACUCUUUCACUCCAGCAGGUUCGUUCGGCUCUUACAGAGGGGUGUGUACCUGGCGAGUGUGUUCUCUCAGAAGGACAGUGUUCUGGUGACGGCUGAUGAUCAGCUCCCUCUGGUGGAGAUCCAGAGCUGCUCCAGGUCCGUCACGCAGGACUUCCUGUGGUUCUGUAAGCUGUCGUGUGCGUGGACACAGGUGCCGCGGCUGCUGCAGGUGCUGUCCUCUUCAUCGCUCUCCUCGUCUUCAUCAUUGCUGCAGAACAGACUCAGUUUCCUGCGGGCCGUCGCACAGCUGCAGGCCUCGGUGGGGUGUGUGGAUCUGGGUCAGGUGUAUUUCGAGCCGCUGAAGGACCGGCAGGGGAACGUGCUGCUGGUGACCCUGAGAGAGGUCACGACCCCGCUGACCCCGUCUGACCCCCCGCUGCACUGGCUUCCUGUCAGCAGCCUGGAGAGAAACCAGAGCGAGACGCCAUUACUGCCCGAACCCUCGGCCGUAGAGCUGCUGACACACAGACUCAAGGAGAUGCUGGCGUAUCACAGGAGGAGUCAGCAGAGGGCUCAGCCCGGUCUGUAUGUGGGCAUCCUGAAGCUCUGCAGCUCUGUGGAUCAGCUCCGCAUCCUGGUCCCGCAGAGAUUACCCAACAUGCCCUGCCACUGCCGCGUCAGGAACCGGCCACACGUGUCACGGGAGGAGUGGGCGUGGCUACAGCAGCAUGCGGUGGGCGGGGCCUGUGCCAGUCAGGAGGGCGGGGAUGACGCUGUGAUUGACAGCUCAGGUGUGGAGGACUUCGUGAAGGCGCUGAGAUCUGCAGUGACUCAACUGCUGACCAAACUCAAUGUCCCUCUGGAGCGGGCGAGUGAGUACCGUGUCUACACGCAGGAGCUGCUGCAGGUUGGUGAUCAGGUGUGUGUGAUUCUCCUGCUGCCGCCCUGUGAGGAGUUCAGAUCCCGUCAGCGUCCAGCUGAAGGAGCCCAGCACACCCUCACCGUCCCCAUGCACUACUUUGAGCUCGUGCACCUGUGGGCGUAUGAGCGGGAUCUGCUGUCUCAGUACUGUCAGCUGUGGCUCAGACUGGAGCUGGACGUGCGUCUUUCCCAGCAGGCUUUGAGAGAAGCGCUGGACACUGAAGAGCUGCAGGAGGCCACGGAGAGACUGGCACACGUAACACAGAUGGCACAGAGUCUGUCUGCUCUGUGGAGCGAGAGCCGCUGGCUGAUGGACGUCAUUCAGACGCUGCGCUCCAAACACUCCGAGGGGGCGGUGCCUCUGGGGCGGGUCAUGACCUCACGGCCAAUCAGAACAGCCGCUAAUGAGGACACGCCCCCUGCUUUACAUACUGUAGAACAGAUGCACACAGCAGAGGUCAUGGGGUCAGAGGUCAGCGCUCCUGUGGAGGUCACAGACGGGGUCAUGUGUCCGGAGACGCCCCCCUCACACUACACCGAUGAGCCCCGUUCCCAUGGAAGCAGCAGCCGUCGCCAUGGAAGCAGCCUCCGGCAGAUGCACUCAUGUCCUGAGCUCAGUGACCCGGCCGCCUCACAUCCCAUAAUGCCCUCGGACGGCAGUCAGGAGCUGCUGACGGAGAUGAUGGACCUGUUCCAGAGCCUGGACCUGCUGGGAGGCAGUCUGACAGACCUCCAGGAGCUGGACUGGAGCGACCCCGAGCCCGAACUGCAGAACCAGGAGCAGGAAGACAGCAGCGUGACCCGCAGGGGGCAUCCCGUCAGGAGUCUGGUGGAGUGGGUCAAGUCCACCGUCUAAACACAGUCUGGACCAGUGAUGGACCAAAACCACUGCCAAUCAUCUGAUUAAAAAUAGUAGUUCAGUGCACGUAACACAAUGCCAAAGUCAGGUGAUUUCAGUAAACAA